UGAAUCGGAGAAGUAGAAAAAACGUAGUUCUGCUCACUCCUACACAACUGAAUUGACGUAAGAAAAUCAUAGAAAGAUGGCGACGUAUUUGAAACGGACGUCAAAAUUGUUUGAUGUCUCAUUGUCACAGGCAUCCACAGAGAUGAAUUUACGUGAUGUUAUAUGCCCAGUGUGUCGUGGAAUAUUGAUUGAACCAGUGACAUUACCCUGUACCCAUAACCUAUGUUUAAGAUGCCUGAAAGGUACAUUUGAACACAAUAGCCUCAGUUGUCCACUGUGCAGAGUUAGAGUUGGUUCUUGGUUGAGAAGUGCAACAAAAUCCGAAACUCUCAUUAACAGUGAACUGUGGAAUCUGAUAAGAUCGCGAUUUUCCAAGGAAAUUGAGGUUAAACGCAGUGAUCAGGACAAUGAAAUUCCCAGUGACACAGUCUACCCACCCAAGAUCAUCAGCGCAGCAGGUGAAAUACGUCGGGAGUAUGAAAUGCAACUACAAAUUGCUGAGGAGGAAAGACGACUUCAGCGAAAAUCCGAGAUAAUGGCGAACGAAGUACUGAUACGAAAAUUGGAAGAGGAGGAGAAAAAAAAAUUGGCACAAUAUGCACAAGAUCAACUCCUGGCAAAAACAAUAGCAAAGAAACAGUUGUUGAAUAAAUCAACGUUCUACGGUAAUUGUAUGAACAUGAAAGCGCCGAGAAAUGAAAUUGAAAUAUUGCCGUUGAACAGUGGAUCCUCAGUCAGCAAUAAUUGCACCACGUCCAGCAUGAAGCACGAGAGAACCAGUUUAUCAAACUCCAAUUGUAAUUCUGAUAAAUUAUCCCAGCAGUCCGACAAUUUAGUUCUAGAUGUCAAAGUGGCAACGAAUAGAAAGGAGUUCUGUCAAGUUCCAGUUUCUGUUCACAGUGUUGUUACUCUAAAGAAUCAGUCUGUUAUGUUGAUGAAAAAACCCAAUUGUCAUUACUCGGAGCCGAGCUGUUCAAAUUCUAAGAUUUAUGGCACGAGGAGUGAAGAGGAGUUGCGUGUACCAAGCGAUGUUUUAUCUAGUGGCAAGGGUCUUGGCAUUGAAUUUUGCAUUGAAACUGUUAAAAAUGAGGGGGAGAGAGUGGGCAGUGCCGGUAGUGCUGGCAGCCAUGACAGUAUAAAUCAGGAAAUUCAUCAUUUUAAGCCCAUCAGGGCUAUGCCCAGAACACCUCUGCGAUUUUCACAAGAUGGAAGACAAAUCGAUCCAAAAUUAAUUCGAGUUGUUCCGAUUUUUGAACGUGCCUCCAACGUCCUUCCAAAACCACCAGCACCCAGCAAACGAAUAAUUGGCUGUUCUUGGAGUGCAUUCAGAGGUAAAAUCCAGCAGAAUCCUCACAGCAUUUGCCAAGACUGGAGGGCUUCGAGUAGCGUUGCUCAGUCUGAUCAACUGGAUAAUCCGACAAAACGCGAAACAGUUCGAAAAAUAGACCUUGCUCAAGACAUAUCAUUCGAUAACAAUAAAAAUUAUGCGAAAGGAAUUAAUAGAAUAUUGAACGGCACUAAAGUGAGUAAGAAAUUGAUUCUAGAGGAUGAGACUGAGAGUGAAGCCGAUAAAACCUGGGUAAAGAGUUCCUGCAAAAGUGAAAAGAAGAGCUCGAGUGUCGAUGAGAAUUCUUCACCAGUGUGGAGUCGAGCGUUGUUGAAAAUUCCAUCUGUCAAUGAAAAUGGCGCUGCCAUUGAGAACAUUGCUGAGAGGAUAAAAAAGAGAAAAGUAGCACAAUCCCAAGUGAUUGAUCCGGUGAUAAAUAAAAAUAAAAAUCAACGCAAGACGCGGAACAGAACUAUAUCCUCUGACAAGGAAGAAAUUAUUUCGGCCAAAUCCAAGGGAAAAGUUGCAACGAAAUCGAAGAGCUUGCGAGUCCAAUUCACCGAUUCAGCUGAAAUUAUUGAAUCACCACCUGCGUUAACCGUUGAAAUGGAAACUACGAGAGGGAAGAGAAAUUCGUCCAGAUCGAAGAGGAAAGAGAGCGAUGCUUCGAACGAAAAAAAUGAGUGCCCGAGGAGCCAGAAUCUUGAUGAUAUGGCUAUUGAAGAGCAGGAUAAAAUGGAGAGACUUUUGCGACAGGAGAAAGAGGACUUCGAGCUCGCGCAGAGAUUGCAAGCUCAGUUCAACGAAGUGGGGAGUAUUUCGUACAGAACGAGAGGGUCAAAGCGUGCAUUUAACUCGGGUGAGAUUGAACAGGGAAUUGAUAAAAUCAGAAUUAGUGAUAGACUUUUGGUGAACAAUGUCAAUACUGCCAAAACACCAAGACGACCGACCAAGUCAAAGCGAAAACAGAAAUGAGAUUAGAGAGUUGUAAAGGCAAUUCUCCAUUAGAGAUUCAAGAAAAUAAAGAUUUGUAAUCAUUUAGGGUAAUGUCAUGCACGUAUUGAGUGAAUUUAUGAUUUUAUUAAUAUUAUGUCGGCUGCGGGGUGAGGAAGAUGUCGAGAGAGGAACUGGGAAUGGACGAUUUUUUGUAUUAACUACGCAGAAAAUUUUUUUUGCUUUAUGAUUCUGUUGUGAAGAGGUACAAUGAGUUGCGUUGACUGGUCUCCUCGAUUUUUGAUAAAUAUCUGCAGAUCUAGAGGCAAUAGAAGGAUUUGCUAGUAGACUUUUUUGUAGGAUUUUGGUUUUCCUUCGAAAAAGGUUAUCAUGAAAAUUCCGCCAUGUUCCAUAAUUUUUUAGAUAUUCAUAAAAAAAGGUGGAGAUGAGGGGGCUUAAUCAUUCUGCAACUUCACACCGGAAUUUCUUCUCUUUUUUAUAGAAAAAUAUAUAUUUGAAGUAUAUAACCCGAAGAUUUUAAAUGCCAGACAUCGUUGUUGAUUAAUUGAAAUAAAUAUAUUGAAUAUUUUUCGUGGUUGAACGGUAGUUUCGGUAAUUGUGGCACUGAAUAUUAAGAGAAUUUAAGUUAAACCUGAAGAGAUUGUAAAUAAGAUAGGGUAAGAUAGGCUAUAAUUCCUUCCACUAUGAGUUUCGCGAGAAUAAUCAAAUGCAAGAUUGAAGUUUCUGAAUGUUCGGGAAUGUGUGAACAAUCGGGCUGGAGACUUCCUUGGAUUGAAGGUCUCGAGAACAAAUUUUGGCAUGUGGUGGCAACUAGUCGGUUGCCUUUGCAAAACUCCAUCACUGAUGUUAUGGAUUUUUAAUCAAUUGGGCAAAAAGUGUAUCGAAUAUUGUAAAUAAUUUUGAAGUAGUGUGUCCCUCGAAUAUAUCCCAGUCUAAAUUUGUUAUAAUUCGAUGUAGUUAGGUAACGAUACCAUCCGUAGAGGGUCACAUGAAAUAAUGUGAAUGUGUACUAGAUCCGUAUAAGGAUCAUGCUUCCUUGUGUUUCUCGAGGCUAGCAUUUCAGCUAUUUGUAGAAUUGUAAAUAUCCAAAGUGGAACUAAAUCUUGAAUAAAUCAUAAAUUUUUAUUUGUA